AUGCCGUCCGAGUUUGCAUUUCUAUUACUAUCAGAAAUAAGUAAAUAUUCUGUUAUUCCUUACCAUAUUGUGCAAUUAACUAACAAAACAAUAUUUUAUGGACAUAACGUAAAAGCAAGUAAUUACCUUAUAGCUUCAAGUGGUAUUAAAGAAUUAACACAACUAAUUAAUAUGCUGAAAAUGACACCACAAUGGAACUCAGGAUCAAAAUUUCUAGUGAUUCUCUUGCAGCAAUGGGAGAGUCAAGAACAAUUUGCAAAAAAUAUAAUUGAUAUGCUUCAUACUGUAGCAAUUUGGAAUCCUAUUAUUCUGAUACCAUCCACUAAAAAUGAAGCAACAUUUUUUACUUAUUCAAUGUAUCCAUUUAAAGCUACUAAAAACAAAACAAUACGCAUUAAUUCUUGUCAAAAUGGAAUAUUUUCUACAAGAACAUUUUAUAAAAACCAAUUACCGAAAGAUAUGAGUAAAAUAAUAGUAAAAGGUAUGUAUCACUAUGCUCCACCAUAUGUGAUCGAAGAUAAGUAUCAUCAACUGGUCAGAAAUAGCAAUCCUGGAAUAACAGUAAGUUUGGUGAAAUUAAUUAGCGAAAUAUUGAACAUUCAAAUUAUAUUAGCAUCAACCAAUUCCACACCAGGUGAAGUUUAUAGCAAUGGUACAGUUUUAAAAGAAUUUAAAAAAUUGAAAUCCAGAGACGUGCAUUUGCUGUUGGGAUCUUAUACUAUUAGUUAUCCAAAAAUGCUAUAUUUUGAUUGCAGUAUCCCAUUUAUCUAUGACAAAUAUGUUUGGUGCGUACCAAAUUACACUGUUUUAGCUUUAAAAUACGAUCAUCGUAUACCAAUUUAUUCGUUUUGUACUUUCUCCUUAAUUGUUUUGAUCAUCUGGUACGUAAAUAGACAAACAGUUCCUCGAAGAAGAUUUUAUAAAAGUUUGGCAGACAUAUUGCAGAACAGUUAUUCAAUAUUUUUAGGGAUGUCAGUCAGUCGUCUUCCAAAAUCCGGAAAAUUAAGAUACCUUUUUGCUUUGUUUAUAAUAUUUGCUUAUUAUUUACCAACAUUUUUUAUUUCUGUAAUGACUCAUAAAUAUAUGCAUAUUAAAACAGAACAGAAGUAUGGCAGCUUGAAAAAAAUCUACGAAAACAAUCUCACUACCUACUUUAUGACUAAUUCUUUUAAAUAUAUGAUAAAUGUUGAUGAAGUUCCUGAAGAUGUUAUUAAAAGUAGAAAGACUGAAUGUGAUGACUGGCUGAGAUGUAUCCAGGAUGUAACAUCAGGAGAUUCAGCGUUUUUUCUUAAAGGAAAUAUUGCAAAUCAUUUACUAGGCAGUUUGAAAGAAAACAAAACCAACAUUUAUUGUUUUACUUUCAUCGAUAAUAUAUCUAUCAUUUUAAUAAUAAAGAAAGGUUUUUUACUUACAAAUCAUUUUAAUCGUAUAAUUAAUAGAGUUUUAGAAAAUGGAUUCACGAAAAUAUAG